GUAAUACUACGUGAUAUUCCACGAACAUAUCCUGAGUUGGAAUUCUUCAAGGAUAAUGGUCGUGGACAACAAGCUCUUUUCAAUGUCAUUAAGGCAUAUAGCAUACAUGAUAAUGAAGUAGGCUAUUGUCAAGGAAGUGCCUUUAUUGUUGGACAAUUACUAUUGCAGAUGCCUGAAGAAGAAACAUUUGCGGUAUUUGUACGCUUAAUGGAAACAUAUCGUUUAAGAGAAUUAUUUAAGCCUACAAUGACCGAAUUAGGUUUAUGUAUGUUUCAACUCGAGUGCCUUGUUCAGGAACAAAUGCCAGAUUUAUGUACACAUUUUAAUAAUAUGGGUUUUGAUACGAGUAUGUAUGCAAGCAGUUGGUUCUUGGCUCUUUUUACCACAACAUUACCGCUGGAAUUAGCCAACAGAAUUAUGGAUAUAUUUCUUGCUGAAGGAAUGGAAUUUAUAUUUCGUGUUUCAUUGGCAAUUUUACAACAGGCACGGCUUGAUUUAUUGAAACUUGAUAUGGAAGGAAUGCUAAAGUAUUUUCAACGUGAAGUGCGUGAACGAUAUGAGAAUGAUCAUGAACUUUUGUUCGUUGCAGCUAAUAAAGUUACUUUAAAUGCUAAAAAAAUGAAAAAGCUAGAAAAAGAUUAUUUAACAAAACGCACGAAGGAACAAGAAGAAGCCAUCGAAUUGAGGCUAGUAAUUGUAGAUGAUUCACACGUAAAAGGAUUAAAUAUUUCUUAA